AUGGAGAGCCACUAUCCUUCCAUAGCGCCUCACUACAAGCGUUACGCACGUACCAUUCAGCAAGCCAACAGCCUGCGCUAUGCACUUCUUCAUCACUACGGUGGUGUCUACCUUGACCUGGACAUCACGUGUCUCGAACCGCUUAAUAACCUGAUGCAUCUACCUCUUCUUACGCCAGGCGCAUAUCCAGCUGGUGUGAACAACGCAUUCAUACUAGCACGACCACGGCAUGGCUUCCUAUCGAGUCUGCUUGAGAACCUACCACGCCACGACCUGAGAUGGCCGAUGCCGUACGUGGAGAACAUGCUCACCACGGGAUGCAUGUAUUUGUCCAAUAUCUGGAUGGAAUACGUGCGGAAUCUCUUGGCUUCAGACGGCGCCGAAGAAGACAGAGUGUACAUUUUGGCGGAUCAACAUGGUGCACCAGAGCCACAUAUGCUGAGAGGCAAGGUGAAGACGCCGCUUUUCGAGCACGGGGGAGCGAGUAGUUGGCACGACUGGGACGCCGCGGCCGUUGUACUGAUUGGCACACAUUAC